CACUUAACUAGAUCUCAAGUCAUCCUAUAUAUACCACUCAUGAAAAAGAAGAUAUAGAAAGGAAAAAAGAAGAUCAAGAGACCAUCAACAAAAAGAAGAAGAAGAAGAAGAAGAAGAAGAAGAAGGAGAAGAAACAUCAUGGGAAGACCUCCAUGUUGUGAUAAGGUUGGCAUCAAGAAAGGGCCAUGGACACCAGAGGAGGACAUCAUCUUAGUGUCAUACAUCCAAGAACAUGGCCCUGGAAACUGGAGAUCAGUUCCUACAAACACUGGCUUGAUGAGAUGUAGCAAGAGUUGCAGACUCAGAUGGACUAAUUAUCUCAGGCCUGGCAUCAAGAGAGGCAACUUCACUCCUCAUGAAGAAGGCAUGAUCAUUCAUCUCCAAGCUUCACUUGGCAACAGAUGGGCAGCAAUAGCAUCAUAUCUUCCACAAAGAACAGACAAUGAUAUAAAGAACUAUUGGAACACACACUUGAAGAAGAAGAUCAACAAGUUUCAGACAGCAGUAGAGAGUUAUGUGACUUCAUCUGAUUCAAGCACAAGUACAUACCAUGAGAUGAGUAAGAUUAACCAAAGUGCUUCAACAAUAUAUGCUUCAAGUACAGAGAACAUAUCAAGGCUUUUAGAAGGAUGGAUGAGGUCCCCCCCAAAAACUUCACAACAUAAACACCAACAAGAGCAGCAAGAUCAAGAUCAAGAUCAAGGAGAGAUUAAUGUUUUGCAACCAUAUCAAGCUAUGGCUGAUCAUGAAGAGGUGGUUGAGCCAGUGAUGAGCUCUUUUGAGAUCCAUCAAGCUGAUCAGCCUUUGCUUGUUGAUCAUCAUCAAGAAGAUAUGAAACCACCUUUCUCUGUGAUUGAGAAGUGGCUUUUCGACGAGGGAGCGGUGCAGACCGAUAACCUUAUGGAGCUCACUGCUGAUUGCUGCUCACAAUCAUUGUUCUAAAUGUUUCAUAAUAUGAUGAGUCUUAGAAACUAAAGCACAAGAGUUGGUCAAAUGUAAGAUAAACAUGCAUGUUUUACUGAAAUAAAUUUGAAGUUUCAUGAGA